CACGACUAGGAGACCGACCAUACACUCACAGAUAUCUUUCCCCAUCUCUGAACUCAAAACCCUAAUCAUCGAUUUCUAACCAUAAAUUUCACACCUUAAUUCUCCAUUUGUGAAGCAGCAUCGACAAUGACGUCCGAUUCAAGUUCCUCAUCACCAUCCUCCGACGAAGAAGAGGAAUCAGCCGGCCAAAAACCUAAUGUUGACGUCAACAUCAAUUCGAUAGAUAAUUCUCUAGACGCCAUAGAGAAUCAAUUGUCUUCGAUUGCAUUGAAGACUUCAAUUGACGAAAGAACAGCACCGUCUACUGAUUAUGAUCACGAACCCGUCGUCUCGGAGGUCGAUGAUGGAUCGUUGAGGGAAAGUGCAAGCGGGAUGCAGAGGAGUUCGAUUGGUGAAAGUAGUUCGUCAAGGGCGUUGGGGUUGUGGAGGAACAAUUUGGAGGUGGAAUUGGAAGCGGAAGUGGAUGGGGCACCGUCAAGCCCUAGUAGCAGUGGCUAUGCCGGUGAGAGAGGUAGUAGCGGCAGUGUUACUAGUGCUUCUGGAACUGAUGCUAUACGGGAACUUAGGGACAACGGUUCUUCUAUGGGUGACGAUGGCAUGGUUUCGUUGGAUUCUUCUCAAACACAAUGGAUUCGUGGUAAACGUCAUGCUGAUGAGGAUGAUGCUUCUAUCUCUUGGAGGAGAAGGAAGAAACAUUUCUUUAUUUUGAGUCACUCUGGAAAACCAAUAUAUUCAAGAUACGGAGAUGAACACAAACUAGCAGGAUUUUCAGCAACUCUGCAAGCCAUCAUUUCCUUUGUGGAAAAUGGGGGAGAUCGUGUAAAAUUGGUUAGGGCAGGAAAACACCAGGUGGUUUUUCUUGUUAAAGGACCGAUUUAUUUAGUUUGCAUAAGCUGUACAGAAGAGCCUUAUGAGUCCCUACGUGGGCAACUGGAACUACUUUAUGGUCAGAUGAUACUUAUUCUUACGAGGUCCCUAGAUAGAUGUUUUGAGAAGAAUCCAAAAUUUGACAUGACACCUUUGCUUGGAGGAACAGAAGCUGUCUUUUCUUCUAUCAUUCGCGCUUUCAGCUGGAACCCCGCUACUUUUCUUCAUGCAUAUACUUGUCUUCCUCUUGCUUAUGCUACAAGGCAAGCUGCUGGUGCAAUUUUGCAAGAUGUUGCUGAUUCAGGUGUCCUUUUUGCAAUAUUGAUGUGCAAAGAUAAGGUUGUCAGUCUGGUAGGCUUGCAGAAAGCAUCACUUCAUCCCGAUGAUAUGCUGCUGCUUGCUAACUUUGUCAUGUCAUCUGAAUCUUUUAGGACGUCUGAAUCUUUCUCGCCAAUAUGUUUGCCGAGAUACAACCCCAUGGCAUUUCUAUAUGCUUAUGUUCAAUAUCUUGACGUUGAAACAUACUUGAUAUUGCUCACUACAAGUUCACAAGCCUUUUUCCAUCUUAAAGAAUGCCGGAUACGUAUUGAAACUGUCCUUUCAAAGUCAAAUGUUCUUAGUGAAGUUCAAAGAUCAUUGUUGGAAGGCAGCAUGCGUAUUGAGGAUGUGCCUGUUGACCCAACUGCUCGUUCCGGGUCUUUAUUCCAUUUAAAUCAGCGAAGACUAGCAACCGAUUCUCAGGAGAGACUACACGAAACGUUUGUAGGUAUAGGUGGUCCUGCUGGACUUUGGCACUUUAUUUAUCGCAGCAUUUAUCUGGAUCAGUAUGUAUCUUCUGAGUUUGCAUCUCCAGUCAGCAGUCCACCUCAGCAGAAAAGAUUGUAUAGGGCAUACCAGAAACUUUAUGCUUCCAUGCAUGAUAAAGAGGUCGGGCCCCAUAAAACUCAGUUCAGAAGGGAUGAAAACUAUGUUUUACUGUGCUGGGUUACUCAGGAUUUUGAGCUUUAUGCAGCUUUUGAUCCACUUGCAGACAAGGGUGUGGCAAUACGGAUAUGCAAUCGAGUGUGCCAGUGGGUGAAAGAUGUCGAAAACGAAAUAUUCUUGUUGGGAGCAAGCCCUUUUUCAUGGUGAUGUGUUUUUCCAUUUCCUUUUUGUUUUUCCAGAAAUAAUAUUCACUCAAAAGUUUUCGUCAUAGAAAAAAAGAGAAAAAUAACAGAUGCUGCAUCUCCUACUUGUACCUGGUAGCCUCGACAUUUAUAUAUGUAAACUUGUUUGUUUUUUCGGUUUCAAAUUCUCUCUUCAUUUGACGUGUGUAAUUGUUGGUCAAUAGUUGUUCAUUAGAUUUUUGGUUGUAACUUCGAGUCGUUGAAUUCGAUACUAAUAAAAGAUGUUCAGUUUAGUGUGAUAUGUUUAAAUAUGAUUA